GUAAACAAGAAUUGUACGAUAUAUAUAGCCUAUUAUUAUGUGUGCCAUAUUUGUGGCCGUUUUCAAUUUGAAUAAUUACAAAACUGCAAAAACAGAGCAAAUUAGUGUUUACAUAAAUGUAAAAAAAACUUUAUACGUUUUUACAGAUUAAGGCUUCCUUUUUGCAGUUAUGUUCAGACCCAAAUUACUUUUUUCUUCUGAAUUUAAAUUUUUUAUAAGAAAAAUACAUGCUGUAUUUUACAGUGUAUACUACACUUCUUUAUGUUUUAUAAAAAUGUUGUUUUAUGAACGUGUGGGAUUGUGUGAUUCAAAGCGGAGGAUUACGCUGACAGUAAUGACAGCUGAGAAAAGGUGAGAAACCUUUAAUGUCCUGACAAACUAUCUCUUACAUGCUGGUGAAUAAUAUAUCACCUCAUCAAAAAGAAGACUAGAGGUGAAACGGGGGUGGAUUUGGGUUUUAUUGACCGGAAGUGAAAAUGAUGUGAUUCUGCAUCUAGGCCAAAGUUCAGUGGGCAAGGUAUUAAGCCUGGCUGUUAAAACCGUGUUCAGAAAUAUUGUGGAAAGAGGGCAUAAAUGGACUUGACCUGUUUAGCAAAUAUUAAAUUAUAAUGUUACUCUUACCAUAUGGCGUAUGAUAAUAAGAUACCAGUCAUUCAAAAUGAUAUUUUUCUUGCUUCUUUCAAAAUGCUGAUUUUAAAAUAUUUUACUUUAUUUAAUAUUUUUUAUUUUAUUUAUUUUUUAAUUAAUUCUGACACAAAUUAGGACACAAAUUUUAUAUUCUCUACUAUGGAAGCCCUGAACCGCAUGGUGGGGGAAAAAAAGAAAGAAAAGUUAUGGUGAGGGGGAAAAAAAAAAAAAAAACUUAUCUCGUUAUUCUGACAUAUUAUUAACGAGAUGUUAAGUUAUUUCAACAUAAUAUCUCGUUAUUUCGACAUUAUUUCGAGAUAUUAAGUCGAUAUUUCGACAUAACGUUAUUUCGACAUAACUCGUUAUUUCAACAUCAUAAAUCUAUUUACACUAGCUCCGCCCACCAAUGUCUGGUUGGGCCACUCAAGUUUAAAAAGCUCGCAGUACUGGCUUUUGAUGGGAAAAUAGAGUACCUCAGGGAUGACAGGUUUUUGUAGGCCAACCCGGAAGUUAGCGGUUAAUGAAAUAAUGAGAUAUGUUGAAAAAACGAGAUAUGUUGAAAGAACGACUUGUGUCGAAAUAACGAGAUAUUAUGUCGAAAUAAUGAGAUAAUUUGUUGAAAUAAUGAGUUAUGUCGAAAUAACGACUUAUGUUGAAACAACGAGAUAAUUUGUUGAAAUAACGACUUAUGUUGAAAUAAUGAGAUAUUAUGUUGAAAUAACGAGAUAAUUUGUUGAAAUAAUGACUUAUGUUGAAAUAACGAGAUAAUUUGUUGAAAUAACGACUUAUGUUGAAAUAACGAGAUGUCGAAAUAACGACUUGUGUUGAAAUAACGAGAUAAUGUUGAAAUAACGAGUUAUGUCGAAAUAACGACUUAUGUUGAAAUAACGAGAUAAUUUGUUGAAAUCAGUUAUGUCGAAAUAACGAGAUGAUAUGUUGAAAUAACAAGAUAAUUUGUUGAAAUAACGACUUAUGUUGAAAUAACAAGAUAAUUUGUUGAAAUAACGAGUUAUGUCGAAAUAACGACUUAUGUUGAAAUAACGAGAUAAUUUGUUGAAAUCAGUUAUGUCGAAAUAACGAGAUGAUAUGUUGAAAUAACAAGAUAAUUUGUUGAAAUAACGACUUAUGUUGAAAUAACAAGAUAAUUUGUUGAAAUAACGAGUUAUGUCGAAAUAACGACUUAUGUUGAAAUAACGAGAUAAUUUGUUGAAAUCAGUUAUGUCGAAAUAACGAGAUGAUAUGUUGAAAUAACAAGAUAAUUUGUUGAAAUAACGACUUAUGUUGAAAUAACAAAAUAUUAUGUAAAAAAUAACGAGAUAAUUUGUUGAAAUAACGUGAUAUGUUGAAAUAACGACUUGUUGAAAUAACGAGAUAAUUUGUUGAAAUAACAACUUAUGUUGAAAUAACGAGAUGUCAAAAUAACGACUUAUGUUGAAAUAACGAGAUGUUGAAAUAACGAGAUAUUAUGUAAAAAAUAACGAGAUAAUUUGUUGAAAUAACGUGAUAUGUUGAAAUAACGACUUGUUGAAAUAACGAGAUAAUUUGUUGAAAUAACAACUUAUGUUGAAAUAACGAGAUGUCGAAAUAACGACUUAUGUUGAAAUAACGAGAUGUUGAAAUAACAAGAUAAUUUGUUAAAAUAACGACUUCUCGAAAUAACGACUUAUGUCAAAAUAACGAGUUAAUAUCUCGAAAUAAUGACUUAUGUCAAAAUAACGAGAUAAGUUUUCUCUUUUUUUCCUCCCCACCUUAAGUUGAUGAAAAAAUGAUUUGUGUCAGAAUUCAAAUAAAUAAAUGAUCAGUAUAAUUUCAAGAACAACAAAUAGGCCCCUACUCCAAUAAUUAUUUUAUUUUAUUUUAUUCUGACACAAAUCAUAUUUUUUUUCCAAGUAUGCAUAUUCUUUGUAGGUCAAGCAUUAAAGUAUCCUAAUCCUAAUAAUUUACUCAUGAUGUGAACAAUAAGGUCAGUUUUAGUAAGUUUUAGUGUCAUUUUUUGCAAGACAAUGUACAGUAAAACACACUAAUUGCCUCCGUCUCGUCUGACCGCAGCUACGAACUGAGACACUCAGCUUAACCUGUUAAAGAGUGUAUUUAUAGAGCGCCGUAAUUAAAAGGUCCUGUUAGGACAGUUGCUUCAGAUAGUGGAAAGGUAAGAAUGGUGAGAAUGGUUUGGCCCUUUAAACCCCCCCAGUGAAACCAUAUGUUUUACAGAAAGGCAAUCUAGAAGAGUGAGGUGAUAGGUCAGGGUUUAACUUAAGUAGUCACGUAAGACGUUUUGUGACACUGGUGUAAUUGAGUAUGUUGUCCCUCCGAUUUAAUCAGCUAUGACUUCAUAAAUAAUCAAUCCUUUAAGAGAAUUAAUUAAUCAUUUAGAGAGACUGAGAGAUGUUGUCUUGAUUUUUUACUUCUUUUGUGCUGCCAACAGAAGUACAUGUUUCAGUGCUAUGACUGGGUAAGAUGGAUGCAACAUACAUAUAUAGUUUGAAGCAUUUAUAACUGACUCAUCUUUCAAUAAUAGGUCAGGUCAUACUAGAUUUCACAUAUUAGAUUGUGAACUUUUACCGUAAGGAUUCAGUACGUCAGAUCAAAGAGCAAAUGAGAUUUAGGCCUUCUAAAAAUACCAGUACGUUUAUAGUAAGACAAGAUGUAGUUGUAAGUGGAUUAUGUCAGUUUACCUGCAUGUGAGGAGACUGCAGCGCAGCACUUUCGCCUUGGUUAUCGUGGGCAUUUUCAGAUGAUCAACAUUUUGGACAAAAACUGGAGUUGAGUAUGGGUCAAAUUCAAAGUGAUGAAGAUGAGGAAGUGGAACUGUCAGACAUCCAGCCUCUUUAUACCAGAUUCAUGAAAGAGUGCCCAAGUGGAGCCCUGCAUCUUCAUGAAUUCCGCAAGAUCUUCGGAGUUCAGAGCACAUCGGAAGAUGAGGCUUUGUACAUGGAAACGCUCUUCAAAUCUUUUGACACAAACAGGGAUAAUGUCAUAGACUUUAUGGAAUUUGUAGCAGCCGUCCACCUGGUUCUGAGAGGAAAUCUAGAGGACAGACUGAAAUGGUCUUUUAAAGUCUAUGACAGAGAUGACAAUGGAAAGUUGGACAGACAAGAAGUCAAACGGAUUAUAAGGAUCAUUUGCCAACUUAAGAAAAGCAUUAACAUGACACCUAGUGAAAUUUGUGACAGGAUAUUUGACCUUUUGGAUGAAAACAAGGAUGGUCAAAUAUCCCUGUCAGAGUUCAUGGAAGGGGCACAAAAAGAUGCCUGGAUUAUGGACCUCCUAAAACUGGACACUAAUGCACGGGGUUGGUUCAGGGAAAACUGGGGGAAAAAAACAUGAGUUUUCAAUCUAAGGUCAAGGCCCAUGGGACAAAACCUUCUUGCCCUUUUACAACCUUUCAAAUGUUGGGGUCUGCAAAUGGGAGAGACCUGGUAUAGAGGUCAGAAAAUAUUUGCCUUGUCACGAGCGAGUAUGUGCCUCAUUGAUCACAUUGAUAUUCAACCAGUAUGCAUGUGUAAAAGCGGGUUCCGUCACAUUUUCUUCUGGGUUUGGUGAUGAUGCUGUUAUUCUUAUGGCGGAUGGAUAUAAUUACCCAAAAAUUUGAUUAAGGAGCAUGAAUUGUGUUUAUAGAGGGAACUAUAACAGGUUCCGUAGUCAGUUUUACUAUUUAACACAAUUCAUUUUUAUGUAAGAAACAUUGUUUAUCACUUAUUUCACAGUUGUUACAUUACGUUAUUUUUAAUAUUAUACAUUAACAUUACUGUUUAUUACCAUAAAAUAUACAGUGUGUCUAUAUUAUUUAUAUAUGUCUAUAAGGUCACACUUUAGAUUAGGGUCCAAAUUCUCACUAUUAACUAACUAUUAACUACGACUUUUGCUCAAUAACCUCCUAAUUAGCGCUUAUUAAUAGUUAGUAAGGUAGUUGUUAAAUUUAGGUAAAAGGGAUGUAGAAUAUGGCCAUGCAGAAUAAGGCAUUAAUAUGUGCUUUAUAAGUGCAAUAAUAUUAUACUAUAGUUAAUAGUGAGAAUUGGACCCUAAACUGAAGUGUUGCCAUCUAUAAUUUUACUGUUUAACGCAAUUCAUAUGAAGAAACAUAAAUAUUCUUCACUUAUUUCACAAUUAUGCUAUAAUCAGACUAUAUUCAGGAGUACACAAUGGUAAUAUAUUAAUAUGAACAAUAUUUUUUGUUUAUACACAUAUAUUUGUGUCGUCAAAAGUACCGACCGCGAUACCAAGUCGGUACUGAAAUUUAAAAAAUGUGAUGCUUUAAGUGCUGUUGAGCAAACACCUCUGAUUGGCCUUUGUGUUCACGUACUCAACAGAUAUGUCUGUGAUUGGUUACAAUGAUCAAUCCACCGAGAUCGUUUGAAAGCACACGGAAGUGUUUGAAUUUGAAAGAGUUUUGAAAGCAGGAGCAUUUGAAAGCAGCUCCCGUGAGUAUCUGUGUAAAUGCUCGGUGAAGAGCGUCAUUGAUAUCUAUUUACAACAUGUUUUUGAAGCGUUGGUCAUUGUAGCCAAUCACAGAAAUAUCUGAUGAGCGUGUGAACACAGUGGCCAAUCAGAGGUGUUUAUGAAUCCGCUCAAAGCGUCACAUUUUUAAAAUUUCAGUACCAACUGGUAUUGCAGCCGGUACUUCUGACAAAACUAAUAUAUAUAUAUAUAUAUAUAUAUAUAUAUAUAUAUUAGUAUAACAGUGUUGAUAUUUUCAUACCAUAAAAUAUACAGUCUAUUAUAUUCAUUUAUUUAUUUAAUAUAAAUUGAAUGCUUAUUCCUUUUUUUUUUUUUUUUUUUUUAUAUGUUCAGGUGUUUUUAAAGGUGCUAUGUGUAAGUUUUCAAAUGUAAAAGGCUUUCUCCUAUCCCAGAUUUCAUCCUAAUGUGCAGUGUAUCAAAAAUAUGAAAAUAAGUGUAUGAUACUUUGAACAACGAGUGCUUUUACAUGCAGGAUCUUACGCCGAUUACAGUGUGUAAGGUCAUGUAGAUGCCUUAAAGUCUUAUUUUAUCAGGUAAAUGUCAUAAACUGUGCAAAUGUCUUGUGCAUGUUUUGAGGAGCUCAACUUUGCAAUAUUGACCAUUUUGGGCUGGACUAUCUUGCAAAAUGCUUGCAUUCCCAAAGCUUGUUAUUCAUGACUGUUGGAGUUGUGGAAGAAUCUAUGUGCACGAAUAAGAGCUGUAAUCAAACAAAUUCUGCAGGAAACCCAGCAUGGAGCCAGAAGCGCAUUUAUAAUUCAUGUCUGCAUGAGUUCACAUAUGCCGAGUUUACAGGACAUGUGACACACAGGACAUGCAUGCAUGUGCAUACAUCAUUUAUAUACAGAAAUAAACCUAUUUUUUUCUAUGA